UCCUGGAAGCAGAGCGCCAUCUUAGAUCAACAUGGAGGGGGGGUUUAAACGGGAAAACAGAAGGAGAGAACUAUUCUUCCGCUUAAUAACCCUGUUUCUUUAAAAUGAUUUACUUUAAAUUGUGAUAUAAAUCUAAUAAAUAUAUAUUUUAAAUAUUCCGGAUUUAAAAAAAAGGAUAUAAACCUCAGCUGAGGUGAUUUGGUUUGUUUUGUUUUUGUUUAUGUGUUAGCAAAGCUAGCUAGCUAGCUAGCCUUCACUUCCAGUCGGAUAUGGCGUCUUCCAAUCCAGACAUGUCCGAUGUGCCGUCUCUAGGGAUGGCAGUGCCAGCUGGAUCUCACGCCAACCCCGGAGCCAUCGUACCAAAAAGCAGCAACAAACGAGCUGCCAGCUCUGACUUUGAUGAUGAUGGAGGGAAGCUCUUCAGGUGUGACGAUGAAACGUCCAGCUCUAACGACAAGGAGCGAUUCGCCAGGGAGAACCACAGCGAGAUUGAGCGACGCAGGCGCAACAAGAUGACCGCUUACAUCACAGAGCUGUCAGAGAUGGUGCCCACGUGCAACGCGUUGGCACGGAAACCAGACAAACUCACUAUUCUGCGCAUGGCUGUGUCUCAUAUGAAGACUCUGAAGGGCAGCGGCAACACUGGCACAGACGGCACAUACAAGCCGUCCUUCCUCACUGAUCAGGAGUUGAAGCACCUGAUACUGGAGGCAGCAGAUGGUUUCCUCUUCGUGGUGUCGUGCGAGACUGGGCGUGUGGUUUAUGUCUCGGACUCGGUCACACCAGUGCUGAACCAGGCUCAGUCUGAUUGGCUCGGCUCGUCUCUGUACGAUCAGCUCCACCCUGAUGAUAAGGACAAGCUGAGAGAACAGCUGUCCACUACUGAGAACAACAACAGCGGCCGCAUGCUGGAUCUGAAGACGGGCACAGUGAAGAAAGAGGGAAGCCAGUCGUCCGUGAGAAUGAGCAUGGGGGCGCGUCGCUCCUUCAUCUGCAGAAUGAGGUGUGGUACAUGUCCUGUGGAGCCCAUGUCCAUGAACAGACUCGGCAUUCUGAAGAGCAGAAACAGGAGCGGGUUGGGUUCUGUUAAAGAGGGAGAGCCUCAGUUCGUGGUGGUGCAUUGCACGGGAUACAUCCGAUCCUGGCCUCCUGCAGGUGUUUCUCUCGCAUCUGAAGACGAGUGUGAGAGCGGACAGGGCAACCGCUACUGUCUAGUCGCCAUUGGGAGGCUGCAGGUGACAUGUUGCCCCAGCGACAACAGCAUGAGCACUGUCAGUGUGCCGGUGGAGUUCAUCUCUCGGCACAACUGUCAGGGGACGUUCACAUUUGUGGAUCAUCGCUGCGUGGCUACUGUGGGCUACCAGCCACAGGAGCUUCUGGGAAAGAACUUUCUAGAAUUGGCUCAUCCUGAGGACCAGGGACUCCUGAGGGACAGCCUCCAGCAGGUGGUAAAGCUCCGGGGUCAGGUCCUGUCUGUGAUGUUUCGCUUCUGCACCAAAUCGGGCGAGUGGAUCCUGAUGCGGACGAGCUCGUUCACCUUCCAGAAUCCGUACUCAGAGGAGAUCGAAUACAUCAUCUGUACCAACACUAAUGUCAAUAAAGCUCCGAAUCAGGACGCUCUCUCCCCUCUGUCCUCCCCCAGGGGGGCAUUACCCCCCUCUCUGGGGCAGAACAGCCCCAGCUGCCCCCCAGCCUCCAGCCCGGGGCAGAUAAAACACACCAGGCAGCUCCAGCAGCAGCAGCAGGCUGAGAUGGAGGGAGGAGGAGGAGGAAGAGAGGAAAUCUAUGAGGCUGGACAGGUGACUCUUCCUCAGGUUCCAGUGCAGCCAGUAGGACCAGAUCCUAAUCAUUCUAAGGUUUUGUCCUCCAGUGCACCCCCUGCUGGACAGCAGGUUUAUACUCCUUCUGCCUCCUUCAGUGCUAGCACACGUGCUAAUGAGUCCUUCAGACAAGCUCCUUCGGCAACCCAGAUGUUGUCCCACAUGCCGCGUCAGAGCGCCCCUUCUGGUCUCCCCGUGAACAGCAGCAGCCCAGUUCAGACUCAGAGUGCAAACCCUGCGCCCUCUGCAGCCUGGGCUCAACAACGUGCUCCCUUCAAUGCACAGGCAGGGAAGAGUCAGUCACCCCAAUUUUCCAUGGGAAAUUUUAGCUCUGCCCCUUCCUCAUCAGCAUCCUCUUCUUUUGGACAAAUGGGUGGAGCUUCAGCUAACAUUGGAGCCAACACGACUAAUUACUCGCAGAUGAACACUCGCAAUCACCAGUCCACAAACGGAUAUGGUGAUGUGAGCCAGACGGGGCCGCAGUUCUCCUCCAGACCAGCAGAGGCAGCAGCGUGGCAGCAGUGGCAACCCCACACACAAAACACAGCAGACACGCAUCCUCACAUACAGAACAGCCAACCAGAGAUGUUUACUGAUGUUCUGUCCAUGCUGGAUACGUCUGCGAACUUCAGCAACGAAGAAUUUACCGAAAUGCCCAUGUUCCCUCCAUUUCCCGAGUGAUGCCUAUCGUCCUUUUUUAGCCUUUUUCUUUUCUUUCCUUGCCUCUUCCUCUUCUUCUUCUUCUUCUCUAAUUUAUCAAGAAACAAAAUGAGGGGAGAUUUGUUGAUAUUUCCUUUUUUGUUGUUGUAAAAUAAUGUCUCAUGGAGUGGAGUUUUCCUCCACGGUGGAAGUGGCUGUGUUCUAAUAACCACGCACAAGUGCACAAAGUGAGCAUGAUCAGUCCAACACACUGAGUUAGAUUUAUCCCAUUACGCCCCCAGAAACACGCACAAACACACACACACACAUAUUUAGAGACAUUUCCAGUUUUAACCCAAAUAUAAGGAAUGUGUCGAUGUUCAAUUUUAUAUUCAGUAGCAAUAAUUGUUGAUAUUUUACAAUAUUAUUACAAUUUAAUAGAUAUAUUUUUUUAAAAAGGGGUGGUCCUUAUCCUGCCUUCCAAGUGGGACUGCCUUUAUUGCACUGCCUAAAAAUGCUGCCUAUGUAGGAUGCCUCGUCCUGAGCAGAGCACAGAGGUAGUGUCAAUAUUUUAACAACUGAAUAUUGCAAUUAUGUUGUAUAGCUGAUUAUGGACAUGUGCCUAUGUAAAUUCACACAGUCGCUGAUAGCAUUUCCAUGGAAACAAUCAUGCGUUUUCUGGUUCUUCUGAAAGCAAUUUGAAUUA